AGUUACAGAAUCCAGUAGUUGAAGCAAAAUGGAGCUCUCCAAGCUUUUUGUCACCCUUUUGCUCCUUCAAUCUCUAAUCCCCUCCCACUCUUCUUCAAUCCAAGCCGCACCUACGAACUCAAACCUCUUUCGAGAAUAUAUAGGAGCUGAGUUUAAUAAUGUAAAAUUCACUGAUGUUCCCAUUAAUCCGAAUGUCGAUUUCCAUUUUAUUCUCUCCUUUGUCAUAGACUAUGACACCUCAAGUUCUCCUUCUCCCACCAAUGGAAAAUUCAACGUCUUCUGGGACUCUGAAAAUCUCAGCCCUUCUGAUGUUUCUUCCAUCAAGAACCAAUAUUCCAAUGUCAAAGUGGCCUUAAGCCUUGGAGGGGAUAGUGUACAAGGUGGCUAUGCUUAUUUUAGCCCAUCUUCAGUGAAUUCUUGGGUGUCUAAUGCUGUUUCUACACUCACAGAUAUCAUCCAUCAGUAUAACUUGGAUGGAAUUGAUAUUGAUUAUGAGCACUUUAAGGCUGAUCCUGAUACCUUCGCAGAGUGCAUAGGACAGCUUAUAACAACACUCAAGAGGAACGGUGUAAUCUCCUUCGCUUCUAUAGCUCCAUUUGACGAUGACCAAGUUCAAAGCCAUUAUCAAGCCUUGUGGAAGAAAUAUGGACACCUAAUAGACUAUGUCAAUUUCCAAUUCUAUGCAUAUGAUCAAGGAACAACAGUAUCUCAGUUUAUGAACUACUUCAAGAUCCAAAGCUCCAACUACAAUGGUGGUAAGGUCUUGGUGAGCUUUAUCAGUGAUGGAAGUGCUGGGUUAGCACCGAAUGAUGGAUUCUUUACAGCCUGCAAUAGGCUUAAGAGUCAGAAGCAACUUCAUGGGAUCUUUGUUUGGUCUGCAGAUGACUCCAAGGCAAAUGGCUUUCGCUAUGAGAAGCAAUCACAGGCACUAUUAGCAAUACACCAUUGAUGUAUUACUUCUAGUUGUUUAAUCUUGUAAGAUUAUAUAUAUACAUAUAUAAUAAAAUUCUGUUAUUCUCGGACUCACUGAUAUAAUCUUUCAGGAAGGCUCAAAAACCUGCUAAUUCACUAGACUACUCUUUUGAUGAAAUGUACAGCUAAUAUGAUACAUUUAUCUGUGAAAUGAUUGCUGUAACACUCUUGUUUUUGGAGUAGAUGUUCAUGUUCGACGAAAGAUACAGAUGACGAGUCAAAGUGGCAAUUCCAGUCACCAAUAUUGCAAUUUUUCCUGGCAAAUUUGGGGUUGGUUUAUGAGAUGGUGGGAAGUCAGCUUUGUUAUUCCUAGCUCGAUGGCUUCGCUCUCUGAUCAAUGGAGAUGUUUCAGCUUUGGAUCCUUUCAAACAAAUUCUGGAUGAAUUUAUUUUUUUGCAAUCUGGUUAACUAGAAAUGACCAGGCUUUUAAUAGCAAGGCUUGCCCUCGUAUCUUGUUUAGGCCAUCUCUUUGGAUGAAGACUCUAGAUGCCAACUUUCCUUUUUCUGGAUCAAAUCUAUUAGCAACCUCACAAUGCAUCAGAUUUUGGUCCAAUGUCCCUAAGGUCAGGCCAGAAACUCAUUGGAUUCCACCACCCCUCCGUUGCUUGAAAUGGAACACUGACGGGUCUUCUCUUGACAAGUCGGGAUUAAGCAGUAACGGAGGUGUUCUAAGGGAUUUGGAUGGAAAUUUUUUUAUCCAUUUUCUCAUGCCCUUGUGAUAUGACAGAUUCAAAUACAGCAGAAUUCAUUGCUAUAGCUAAAGCGCUUCAACUAUCCUAUCGUCUAUCCUUACAAGGGAGAUCAUGUGAAAGUCUAGUCCUGGAAUCAGAUUCAAAGAUAACGCUGGCUUGGGUCGAGAAAACUUCCAUCACACCGAGGCAUUUCCUUUUCUACUUCAACAUAAUUGAUGAAUGUCGUUUGUAGCUUCCCCUCGUAAUGUUUCAAUAUACCUUACGUGAAGGUAAUGCCAUAGCUUAUGGGUUGGCAAAGCAGGGAUGUUCCAGAAUUGAGGAGUUUGCUACGAUUUUUUAAUUGUCGUUGCUGCAAUGUCUUUCUUGGCUCUAAAAUUUUUGAUUGACUGUGUCGAUUGUUGCGGCAUUAAAUAUUGUUUGUUGC